GAAAGGUUGAUAUCUACAAUACAUUUGAAUUUCAAUCUCUGCUUUCUAAAUAGUUCUAAAAUUAAAUAAAAAUGUCUGCAUGAGAUUCUCGUGUUUAAAGUAAUUGGUAAUCUUAAAUGUAUUACUAUUUAGAUGUAUCAUUAGUACUUGCUGAUAAUCAAGAAAUAACACCCGCUCUAUUUAAAAAUCAUAUUCUAACUUCCGUGAAGCAAGUUUUUGGAGAAAUCGGUGCUGCAGUGCCUUUUGAUGUCUUGAAAUACGAUUCUACAGAAAACAGGGCAAUACUGCGUGUACCACGAGAUCAUUACAUAAAGUUUCAUGGAAGUCUCACCUUAGCUGGAUAUUAUCAAGGUGUACGUUGCGCAUACACUGUCCAUAAGGCUAGUCCUUUACUGCUGUCUCUGUUGGGUGAUAGUCGAAGUUACGUUCAUUAAAAUGUCACACUGCCGUAAAUUGGGGCCAAAUAAUAAGGACAUUGUAAUAUUUGCGACUAAAGAGGACCAUGCUGUUCCAAGUACGGUGUCUCUUCCGGAACCAGAUCCACAGCCCGGAUUAAUUUUGCCUAACGGCGAUAUUAACUGGAAUUGUCCUUGUUUGGGAGGGAUGGCAACUGGUCCUUGUGGUAUUGAGUUUCGAAAUGCCUUCAGUUGCUUUCAUUACUCAAAAGAAGAGCCUAAAGGUACAGACUGCUUUGAGCUUUUUAAAACUAUGCAAAAUUGCAUGCAAGACUAUCCAACGUUGUAUAACAAAGAUUUAGUUGAUGAUGAUGAGUUAAAUGAGGCAUUAGACGAAUCGAAAAAUGUUACAGAAGAUAAUAAAGAAAAGAAAACCUAAGCUCAAAUUCGUUAAGAUUUAUAUUAAUUUUAAGUAGUUAUAAUUUAGAUGGUCAACUGGAUGUUACAAGAAUUGAAAUAUGUUGCAAUAAAUAAAGAUUUCAAUUUUG